AUGGCAAAUAAUCAUUUGAAAAUAUGGUGGAAGAUUCUAUUACAGUACGCAACCUUUUCAGCACUAAUUCGAAAAUCGUUCAAGGAAUUGGCGACUCCCCUGGAUUUAAUCCCAUUAGAUUUGUUCGAUGGUCACUUCAGCAACACAACGGCGAAAUUGUUCAUGGUAAAUCAACCUGUAAAUUUUGUGCGAGUUCCUGUCUUUAGGUUGAAACCAUUCUGCAACUGGCGUUGUUUAUUUCGGGAAAUAGCUGAAGAUGAUCUCACAGUAUGGAAAAUUAAUCCAAAACAAAUUGAUGCAUUGCGCUCUAACAAUGCACAUCUCCCGUCUCGUUUUCAAGAGAAGAAAAUAAGGAUAGGAAUAGUUACAGUGGUGGACAGCAAUACCACUCGAGAAACUCUGGAGUUUGCAAUGACGACGGUGGCGUGCUAUGCAAGAAUCCAAAGUUAUGAGUAUCGUAUUAUCGAUGAUUCCUCCUAUCGCGAACAAUGUCCGCAAGAGAAGCGCGAGUUCCGGCGACAUUGCAUAGUCAAACGAAUACUAAUACAAUACGACUAUAUACUAUUUCUGAUUGCUGAUAUUGGAGUAGUGAACCCAAGAAGACGCAUCGAAGACUUCAUUGACGAAAAGGUUGACAUCGUUUUGUAUGAACGUUUCCACGCCAUAGAACUCAUGGCUGGUUCAUACCUCGUAAGAAACUCGCGAUGGACACUCGAUUUUCUUGACCAUUGGGCAAACUAUGAAAAGCGGUUACCUCAAAGUUUUCAUGGUAGCGACAGCGGAGCUUUAUAUUUUCUACUCGCCGAAAUCCUACUACCGGAUCGUAAGGUAGAGGUAGCCGUCUGCCGUCAUAUCUGGAGUAAAUCCCGAAAUUAUGCAGACUUGUUCGUCACGCUUUCAUGUGUGAGAAAUAUCAUAGGAGAAACUACGUACAAUGGUAGAGUAAAAAUUUUGCAAAAGGGAACCAGUUGGGCUAGAGACAGUUUCGUAACAAAGGGAAAAUGGUGCCCUACUAGAGAUUUUAUGCUAUCCGACAUGAAACCAAAAUUACGACUGAAUCCCAUACCACUAAAGAUAGUGCGACUAUCCGACAUGACUCACACCUACUCUUGGUAUGGGCAGCUUGCUGGUAAGAUUGAAAUCCACCGCUGUCAUCCAAGAAACAGCACAUGGCGCUAUGCACGUCCACUGAUCAUCCACAAUUCAGCACUAGAAGAGCGAUUUGUGCUGUUUCACCGAGCUAUUCAUUACGUGAAAAUGUUGGCAAUGACGAGGACACCUCACUUCGUGAGAGGCAUGAGCAGAAAACCGGAGAAGUAUGUUUUCCGGUUCACGGGUUGGGCUGAUGGAUGA